AUGUCAAUGUUCUUCGGUCAAAAACCUCAAAUCUCUUCGGAGCAAAAGAUUGCGCAGGCGGAAGCUGAGAUUGACAUGGUGAGCGACAUGUACAGCCGCCUCGUCAAGUCUUGCACAGCGAAAUGCAUAGACACAAACUACCGGGAAGCCGAUCUCAACAAGGGCGAAUCCGUCUGCCUCGACCGCUGCGUAUCUAAGUUCUUCGAAGUCAACGUCAAGGUUAGCGAGAAGAUGCAGGGAGAGGCACAAGGAAAGCAGGGUGGAGGUGGCGGCAUGUUCGGUGGUGGAAUGUAA